AUGACUUACAAACAUUCCUACUGGGCACUCUGGCUAUCAUCAGAGUGGACUUCAGCAUGGCCCACCUUGGUCAGCGACACCCAGAUAAUUUUCGAGGCUGCAGACGUCUGCAUAUGUGGCCCUGGCGCCGGCGGCAACCUCAGCCCCCCCACGGCGGAUGAAGAACAUGGCAUUAUCUUCAACGGCGUUGACAAGGAGCAUCAAGAUGCAUUCCGCCUUCAGAAAGCCGCCGAGUGGCGGUCCGUUGACACCGCCAGAAAGCCAUACAACAUCAUUGUCGCGUGUCUGCUGCUGCGAGCACAUAUGCUAGCACCGAGCCAGUUUUUUGUCCACUCGGAGGGCGAGUGGCAUGAUGGGGAAUGGAUCCAAGCGCGUCGGUUAUAUUCGUCUCUCUGGCCGGAUCAUCGCUUGCAAUGUCCAUGGAACGAUGCUGAGACCGUGUCCGAAGCAGAGGACUCUGCCGCAAACAAUACGGUGACCAUCAUCGAUACCCCACCAGCCCCAUCGGCCCAAACCAAUCCCCCUGAAGAUAUACAGCCCGGGUUUCCACUUCUGAUCACUUUGUCGACCCUGGCAGGGAUCGACUUUGCUCCGGUUAGAGAUUGGCUCGCAUACUGUGAAGGAGACAGCAAUCAUGCGGGAUGCAAAGGGCUUCCUUGCCAGUGGGUGGCAAUCCCGGGAACAACUUUCAAGUUGAUCGAUCUUGAGGAGCGCUGCAUUGUCGUCGCUCCAGACAAGUGUGACUACCUGGUGCUGGGGUGCGUUCCAAAAGGGUCCGAUUCUCUCCGGCUGACCCGGGAAACCCGCCGAACUCUUGCCAGGCCAGGGGGCUUGACAGCAUCGUGGCCGGAGAUCUCGAAAACGGUCCAAGAUGCGAUCUUGGUGUGCAAGGUGCUGGGAGAGCGGUUCCUCUGGGUGGAUUGUCUCUGUAUCAUGCAGGACGAUUCGCGGGACCAAAAGUUCCAAAACUUACGACUGCCCCAAAUAUAUGCCCAGGCAAAAUGUCUCCUGGCGCCCGUGUCGGCGGAGACCACGGAUGACCGACUGCUCCAGGAUACAUCGUCGGUCGUGAACACGGAGGGAUCCCUUCAAGCCCUGCUCACAUCGUCCCCAUGGAUGCGGCGCGCAUGGUCCUAUCAAGAAAUGGUCCUCUCGCACCGAGCCCUUCUCUUCACCUCUGCGGGAGUGUUCGUGCAGUGCCAGAAGGGGAUCUACAGCGCAACUGGGGCCCGGAUCACUGCCGAAGAUGACCGUGGACUGGGGGUGAAGACCGUCGGUAAGAUGUUUGGUUACCUUGAAAACAAACGACUGGGAUUGUACCUCGCCGCCGUCGAAGAGUACUCGGGGCGAGAAUUUCUCACGGAAGAGGACCGCAGCGACGCCUUCCAGGCCAUCUUCCGAGCCUACCGCGGGUUUGACGGGAAGGACCCUUUGCUGGCGGACGCAGCGGCACCAUCCCGGUCUCCGGAAUCGGGCCUUUCCCAGCUGGUCCUGGCUGGGCUGGCAGGACCGGGUCUAUUUCAAUCCCGUCCUGUUUCUAUCCCGAACCUCCCACAUGAUGGAGUUUCCCACCCCGAGGAGCCGUCCCCAUAUCCCCGCAAGCCCAUUUACCAGAACCAUCCGAAGACGUUUGGCUUUCCCACCAGCAUCUCUGGCAAAUUGACGCACCGUCCAGGGCUCUCGCUGUACGCGAGUCUUGUAAAACUGCACAUUGGCUCGAUUUGGAUACGAUCGGACGGCACGAACGGGCUGUAUUCGGUCUUUGCGUUGGGCGGCGCUCUGGGAUGGGCCCCCCACCUGGGAUCGAUCUGGUUAGAUAAGGAGUGGCGGCUGAAGGACCGUGACGAUGGGGCCUUGGCAUUUAUGGCCUUGCAUGGUGGACGCCAAUCGUUCUCCCAAUCCCGGUUUACCAUUACCCUGCUCAUGCUGAUUGAGCGUCGGAUGGAGGGGGAUCAAUGCCUCGGGUGGGAGCGGGUGCAGCUCAUGGAUUGUAGCAUCCACGAGGAUGACUGGGUGCGAUUGGGGGGGGAGAAUGUCUCGAUUGAGUUGUACACCAUCGCAUCUCAAUACUCCGACUCCAGUCCUACUAACCUUUUAUGGGAAACAACCACGUCUACUCCUUAUCAGACGCAGUAA